CUCUGCCCAAAUUAGUUCGCAGAGAGAUGCCUUCUGUGGUUUUGUCCAAGGAUGGCCGCUGCUGUAGGUGUAAAUAAGCAAACAGCCGCAGCAUCGAUGGAUUCUUGCGUCCGACAUGGCCGGGGUACCACUGGUAACACGGUAAAGGUGUUAGAGUGUGGAGUGUGUGAGGACGUCUUCUCAUUACAGGGGGACAAAGUCCCUCGACUACUGCUUUGCGGUCACACGGUUUGUCAUGACUGUUUGACCCGCUUGCCUCUACACGGUAGGGCAGUGCGUUGUCCAUUUGACAGACAGGUCACAGAGUUGGGAGACUCAGGUGUAUGGGGCCUGAAGAAGAACUUUGCUCUUUUAGAGCUGCUUGAGCGGCUGCAGAAUGGAGCGUCUAACCAGUCCGGCAUGACAGAGGAUGCUCUACGAGAAAUGGGAGAGUGUAUCAUCCGCUGUGAUGAAGAUGAGAGUCACACUGCAUCUAUGUACUGUACAGUAUGUGCUACUCAUCUAUGUGCAGAGUGCUCCCAACUCACUCACUCCACCCGCACGCUGGCGAAACAUCGCCGAGUUCCACUGGCAGACAAGCCUCAUGAGAAGACUCUGUGCCCACAGCACCAGGUUCACGCCAUUGAAUUUGUAUGCCUAGAAGAUGGAUGUCAGCCUGGCCCACUCAUGUGCUGUGUGUGCAAAGAAUAUGGAAAACACCAGGGUCAUAAGCACGCAGUUCUUGAGGCUGAAGCCAAUCAGAUCCGUGCUUCGAUUUUGGACAUGGCGCACUGCAUCCGCACAUUCACAGAGGAAGUGUCAGAGUACUCCCGAAAACUAGUAGGCAUUGUGCAGCAGAUUGAGGGAGGAGAACAGAUAGUGGAGGAUGGUGUCGGCAUGGCCCACACUGAACACGUUCCAGGAACAGCAGAGAGUGCCCGUUCCUGUGUGCGGGCUUACUUUGCUGAUCUGCAUGAAACACUGUGUCGUCAGGAAGAAAUGGCUCUUAGUGUUGUGGAUGCCCAUGUGAGAGAGAGACUGAUAUGGCUUCGGCAGCAGCAGGAAGACAUGACCAUCCUGCUGUCUCAGGUGUCCACUGCCUGCCUGCACUGUGAAAAGACACUGCAACAGGAUGACUGCAGGGUUGUGUUGGCGAAGCAAGAGAUUAAUAGACUACUGGAGACCUUGCAGAAACAGCAGCAGCAGUUUACAGAAUUGGUUGAUCAUGUCCAGCUUGAUGCUGGAAUCCCAGUCACUUUCACAAAGGAUAACCGUGUCCAUAUUGGUCCAAAGAUGGAAAUCCGUGUUGUGACACUGGGCCUGGAUGGUGCUGGAAAAACAACCAUUCUCUUUAAACUUAAACAAGAUGAAUUUAUGCAGCCUAUACCAACUAUAGGUUUUAAUGUAGAAACUGUUGAAUACAAAAAUCUGAAAUUUACCAUCUGGGAUGUGGGUGGAAAACAUAAACUCAGACCUCUCUGGAAACAUUACUAUUUGAACACUCAAGCGGUGGUCUUUGUGAUUGACAGCUGUCACAGAGACAGGCUGAUGGAGUCUCACAAUGAGCUUGCCAAACUUCUGACAGAGAAGGAGCUAAGAGAUGCACUACUGCUCAUCUUUGCGAACAAACAGGAUGUUCCUGGAGCUGUAUCGGUAGAGGAGAUGACGGAGCUAUUGAGUUUACACAAACUGUGCUGUGGGCGGAGCUGGCAUAUUCAAGGCUGUGAUGCGCGCAGUGGCAUGGGUUUGCACGAGGGGCUGGACUGGCUCUCACGGCAGCUGGUGGCCGCAGGCGUGCUGGAUGUGGCCUGAGACUCGUCUGAAUCAUUGACUGAAUAAAGGCUCUGACUCCUGGUCUGAAGCUCUAACCCCACCCUUACCCCUCCAUAAACACCUUAUUUUCAUGACCAGUCUUAAUGCUUUAGUGCUCUUGUGACUUUGGGGCUAAAUUGAAUCCAUUCAAGCUAACAGCUGUGUUGACAAAGCUAACAAAUCCUAUUGCACCUAUUAUCUGCAGAAUGGUUGAGGUCAUUUUCAGUUAUUGCUGGGCUAUUUUUGUCUUUAACCUCUUAAUGUAAGUCAGAUCACUUCUCGUAGGCAUAAUGUGAACAUUACAGUAAACUGUUUAGUAUAUACCCACAGAGCUCUUAUAGCAGUGAGAGAGGUUCAUCAUAUACAACAUGGAAACUUUUUUUUUGGUGAUAAUAAUACAAACAACAUGAUGAUUCUUGUGGAAUCCAUAUCCAUGUGUCUAGAGCACAUGAAGAAAAUAGCACACGACAUAGCUGUGAAGUUUUGCUAACAGGUGCACCAGAGCCCUGUAUUAAAGAGAUAUGGGAUUAAAACAUCCAUGAGCAAUAUGUACAAUACAGGAUCAUGUUCUGGGUUUCUGUGAAGUGCCUGUAGACUAUGUAAACAGUCUACCGGAUGGGGUUGACAAAAUUAUCACCCCUUUUCUGCCAUUAAUCAUAGGUGUAGGUCCAGGCGAUUGGCCGUUUUCUCUUGGUGUCGUCUGGCAGUUUGUGAUAUUAUGAGGCAUCAUUUGGAACUUUCCGGAAAUUAGCUUGAUAUUUAUUUAACGCAGUUUGUUGUCUUAAAAUGGGUGCAUUACUACAUGUUUGUGUUUAGAGAGAAAGAAAUGUAUUUGUUACUGGUUACAUUUUUAUAUUUAAAAAAAGAAAAGUUUUGAAAUGUGUGCUGAGCUCUUUAAGUUUGGGUAUAGUGUAAGUGUAGAUAGGUAUAUGCAUUGGCUUUGCUCUUCCACCACCUCAUGUUGUGUGGAGUGUGUUAUGCUCCUAGUACAUUUUGUCCAUUUUCUACAGCCCCUGUGCAUCUGACUUCAUAAAACAAUCUACAGUAGAUCUGAGAAUUUAGGAUGUUAUGUUCCUUCAAUACAGAAUUCCUUUUGUCUGAACUGCAGCGUAGUGGUUGAACUUUUAGUGGUCUAACAUACAUGUUAUCUUCCCGUUUUAGUCACAUAAUUUCAGUCGCAGAAACAACUUGCAGGCACCGUUCCCUGAACAUAUGCAUCCUUUUGAGUUUUCUGUAUUAAGAAGUCAUUCUGGUUCAAUUGUCCACAUUCCUGAAAUAUUGUUUACUACUUGGAGUUCUGUUAAGAGCAUGUGUAAAGCCUUUUCCUUGUUCCUGAAUUUCAGUUUAACAGUUCAUUCCUAAUGAGUUCUGAAAACCUCUAGAGAAGCACAGUGCACAUCCACACAUUUGUUACUUGUGGACUUGAUGAUGGCUUUUGUAUAACCAUUCAUAAUUAAUGUUAUGCUAUUAAACAGUGACAGAUGA